AUGUCUAGUAACUUGAAUAAUAAAGCGGGUUUAAUCGGUGACCCCGAUUUUUCCCAAUAUGGUGAUUUUGCCCAGGAUAGUAAUGUUGUCAAAGAUGACAAGACUAUCAAGAGAUUAUUAUUAACUUCCUAUUUCACAAUUAAUGAAAGAAAUGUUCCGAGGAGCAAUUUUAGAAGUUUCUGUAAAGUAUUUUUAGAUCUAGUUGCUAGCCGUGGCCUUGAAUACAUAUUUGAUGUUGGUCCAAACGGCGUUCGCCCUAGCAAAACUGUGAUUAGAUGUAUAAAUAACUUGUUUUACCAAAAGCAAGCUUAUUUUCCCCGUGAAUUUAAGGAUUCGCAACCAUAUGAUAUGUUAGUUGAGUUGGCGAAUGAGGAUUCUGAUGAAGAUGAUGAAGAUAGCUAUGACAGUAUUUGUCGUGAGUGGAAAAAGUUACACUACGAUGGUUCACAAAAUGCUAAGAUCUUCAAGAAAAGUUUAUUGAGAUUAGUUGCUAAAACCAAAGCAUCCAGUGCACCAAUGAGUGACUAUGAAAUAAAAUACCGUCUCAUUAAAUCUUUGAAAGGAGCCUACGCUAACAUUAGUGAUUAUAUUGAUUAUCAGUAUAAUGGAUUAGAAAGUGUCAAAUUAGAAGACAUAUUGGAUAUCAUUGUCAAACGGUAUGAUCAGUACAAAAAGACCAAGUCAGUAAGGUCAAGAGUUGAUAAUGAAGUUAAGGCUUAUGGUCGUAGUCAUAAACAUGAUGAUUACGGAUUCAUGACCGAAUCCAGUACCAAAGCAAAGGUAGUGUGUUACAGUUGUAACAAGGAGGGUCAUUAUAAAAAUGAAUGUCCUAGUCUUAUUGUGAAAAAGGAUAGUUCUAAAUCUAAUGCCUCGACACUUACCAAAGGUAAAGUUAAGCUGGUUAACAAUCAGGAGAAUAUGACUAAAGUUAGUCGUAUUGAUGUUAAUAAUCAGGAUGGUGAGACUGAGGAAGGUCUCACUGAAAUUAGUCUUAGGCCUAUCUGCACUAAGAAGGUUUUGAGAGUUGAAAUUAAGAAAUUUCCGAAUAUCUUGUAUGAUACGGGAGCUGAUUUCUCUAUUGUGAAUAAAAGUUUGUUGCACAAUUUAAAUAAAAACACACGUUUUUCGUUAACGGACUUCAAUAAGAACAUUAUUGAUGCUCCAUAUGUAGGCGACUUGUUCAUGAAUAUCAAUGGUAACGAGAUUAAGUUUAGAGCUGUCGGAGUAACUAAUGAAUCUAUGGAUCCAGUUAUCAGUAGGGCAAGCUUAAAGGAGUGCAAUCUGAUUGUAAAUGAACAAGAAUUAUCCAUAAAGAAUGCUAAGGAUAAUAGUUUUGUUGGAAACUUGAAGGAAAGAGAACAUUCAAUUUACUUUCCUGGAAAUUGGGUUGUUCCACCGAACAACAUAUCGGUGAGAACAGCAAAGUCUAAAGAAAAAUUUAAUCUGGAUCACAUACAUGUUUUGUUAGGACACGUAAAUGUUAAGGAUCUACAAAGAAGCUUCAAGUCUGGUUGUUUGGUAGGUAUUAACUACGAUGAUAUUGACUGGUCGAAUGUCAAUAGUUUUGGUUGUGUGACGUGUAUGCAAGGCAAAUCCAGAUAUAAAAACCAUAUUAUUGGUAGCAGAGCGAUUGCCCAACAAUAUUAUGAAGUCGGUGAGUACUUCCAUUCAGAUCUAUUUGGAUCUGUGAGUAAUAUUAAGAAAGGGUACUAUCAUUCGUUUAUAAGCUUUACAGAUGAAAAAUCAAAGUUCAAGUUUGUGUAUGGACUAAAGAGUAAAUCUGCAGAAGCAAUUUUGAAGGUGUUGAAGGUUUUUGUUCCGUAUGUUGAAAAGCACCUUGGUAAAUCAAUCAAGUAUAUUCAAACAGAUAACGGUUUGGCAUACAAGAAUAGAUUGGUUAUGGCAUAUUUGAGAAAAUUUGGUAUUAAAUUACUAAAUAAUACAGCUGGUGACUCAAGAGGUAAUGGUGUGGCCGAACGCCUCAAUUUGACAUUAUUAAAUGAUGCUCGAACAUUGAUGGGGAAUACCAAUUUACCAAGACAUUUGUGGUUUUAUGCGGUAUUAUUUAGUUGUUAUGUGAGAAAUGGUAUUAUUGCAGCCAGCAACGAUACAGGAUGUUCUCCAAGAGAACUAAUGUCUAUACCAAAAUUGAAUGUCGCAAAGAUCUUGCCAUUUGGGAGUCAUGUAAUCUUACAUCAUCCUACUCAUGACAAGAUCGAGAAGAGAGGUUUAGAUGCUUAUGUUUUGGCACCAUCUGAAUCAUCCUUUGGAUAUUUAGUAUGGGUGCCAUCCUUAAUGAGAAUAGUUGAUAGUUCUAGUAUUUCUCUAUGUAAAAGUCCAUUCAAUAGUGGUGAAUGUCAAGAAAAUGUAAUUGACGAAUUUAUUGAUGAACUUAUCUCCAAAGACGAUUCAUUGGAUUCUAAUAGAGUAGAACCAUUAAGUAGUCAAACAAAUGAAAGUCACAAUGAAAGUGCAGAAGUAAUACCUGCCACUGAUCAGGAUUCAUCGGAACAAAUUAUUCCUAUUAUUACUGAUUACUCACGUGAAGAUUCACAUGAGGAAUAUCAAGGGAAUGAAUAUGAUGGAGAUACAGAAACUACUUCUGAAGAGGCACUUGAUGUUGAUGAGGCAAACACUGAGAGUAGUGUAAGAACAGAUAGUGUUACUGACACUGAAGAAUAUGUACCAAGUGAUGGUAUUGAUGUUGCAGUUGGUAGACCUCAGACUACCGUUAAUAAGAAUGAAAAAGAAGUCGAUGAUGUCGACAUUAAAUCCAAUGAAGUCAAUGAACAUGCGAACACUGAAUCUGAUUCUGAUUCUAAUUCUAAAUCUGAUUCUGAUUCUAAAUCUAAAUCCGAUUCUGAUUCUGAUUCUGAUUCUGCUUCUAACUCUGAGAAUGAAUCAUCAGAUUCACCUCGUGUUAUUGACAGUACCAAUUGGGUUGUUCAGACUAACAACAAGAAAAGAAAAAUGACCACCGAGGAAAUAUUUGCCUCCAUUCAAGAGGAUCCCUCAAUGGUCACAGCCAGAAAAAGAUUAAAGAUUAGGUUAGCUAAGAUUCUAGCAGUGAUGGAAUCAGCACGAAAUAACUCUGCUGAUGUCAAACAUAUACGUAAUGAGACGUUAUAUUUGCACGAGGUUUAUCGUCUUAGCGAUCCUAACAUUAAGAAUCAAUAUUUAAUGGCAAUGCAGAAAGAAAUUGAAGUAUUAGAAGGAUCUAACACUUGGGAUAGUGGGGAACCCAUUCCGGUAGAUAGUGUUGAUCAAUCAAAGAUUGUGCCACUAUUAAUAUUAUUCAAUGUCAAGCGAUCUGGAAAGUAUAAAUGUCGUAUUUGUGCGCGCGGAGAUGUCCAGGAUGCAACCACAUACGAAGAUUCUCUGAGCUCAUCAAACUUAGCUCAGGAUGGAUUGAUGUUUUUACUUAACAUGGUUUUGACAAAUAGUUGGCAUUUGGGUCAAUUGGAUAUUCAAGGCGCAUACUUGAAUGCUCCAAUAAACACUGAAUUGUAUGUUAAGGCACCUAAGGUCUAUGGAUAUAAGAACAUGUUGUUCAAAUUAAGAAAGAGUCUAUAUGGCCUACGCCAAAGUGGAUAUCUCUGGAACCAAGAGAUCAGUAGUUUUCUAAUCCAGAUAGGUUUUCAAGAAAUUGAAUUUUGGCCUUCAUUGUAUCAAAAGAAUUACGAUGGUGUUGAAGGUAUCAAACACACCAUUCUUUUGGGCCUAUUUGUAGAUGACAUGGUGGUUGUCUCCUCCAAAGAAUGUGAUUUUAAAGAACUGGUUGCUAUGUUGAAUACGCGCUACACGGUUAAAACAGUCAAUGAUGGAGGUGAACCUAUUUAUGAUAUUCUUGGAUUAGAAAUAGAAUAUAAGGUUGGUAGUCAUUUGUCAAUGACUAUGGGGAAGUCUUUGGAAGAAAAACUCCCAAAGUUAGGUUUCAAUCUGAGUGAUAAGGUUACAAGCUUACCCCUAGUUUACGACUUCAAGCUACCAGAGAAAUUGAAAAUUGACUCAGUAGACUUAGCUGAGAAAAUACAAAAAUGUAGAAAAGCUGUAGGAUUGCUUAAUUAUGUUGUUGGCAAAUAUAGACCUGAUAUAAACUUCGUCGUAAAUGUACUAGCAAGUUAUCAGCUAUAUCCAACAGAAGAAAUUAUGAAAUUGUUACACAAAACAAUUAAUUAUUUGUGGGGGACGAGAAACCACAAAUUAAUUUGGAGAUAUGAUGAUAUAAUUAAAGGAAAUUUUAAGAUUAUAGUAGAUGCUUCACAUGGUAAUCGUGAAAAGUUUCAAAGUCAGUACGGCUACAUGGUAUACAUGAACAAUCUUCUUGUAGGAUACAAAACAGGUACUACAAGCAUUCCGUGUAUGUCAUCUACUGAAGCCGAGACAUAUGUAGUAAACGAGGCAUCCUUGAAGUUUGAAUACUGGAUCCCAUUACUAGAAGAAUAUUAUUCUGAGAUAACUAAAGAAUUGUAUUGUGACAAUCAAUCAGCAAUAAAAUUGUGUAAAGCUGAUACUUUUGUUAAAUUUCGAGAUAAAUUUCAUGGAAUCAGAGCAUAUAGAGCUAGACAACAAAUGAGAAAUAUUGGAUUUGAUUUAAAAUUUGUUGAAUCUAAGUCAAAUCCGGCUGAUGUGUUAACGAAAUUUGCUCCACAUAAGGAUAAUAUUAAACUGUUUAUGAAAAAUUUUGAGUAUUGA